AUGUCGCGCAGGUACGAUUCGAGGACAACGACAUUCUCUCCUGAGGGGCGCCUGUACCAGGUUGAGUAUGCGAUGGAGGCCAUUUCACAUGCAGGCACCGUCAUCGGCAUUCUUGCCAAGGACGGUGUGGUGCUUGCCGCGGAGAAGAAGGUGACGAGCAAGCUGCUCGAGCAAGACAAGAGCUCCGAAAAAAUCUUUCAACUCAGCGGCAACGUACUUACCGGUGUAGCUGGGCUGACAGCUGAUGCAAACUCGCUGGUGAACUAUGCGCGGAAUGCCGCACAAAACUUCCUUGUCUCAUACGACGACGAAAUGCCUGUCGAGCAGCUCGUACAGCGGGUGUGCGACCUAAAGCAAGGAUACACACAGUUUGGUGGCCUGCGUCCAUUUGGUGUAUCUUUUCUGUACGCGGGGUAUGACCCUCACCACCGCUUCCAGCUGUACCAAUCGGACCCCUCGGGGAACUACUCUGGCUGGAAGGCGAGCUGCAUUGGGGUGAACAACGGCACAGCAACUAGCCUGCUGAAACAGGAAUACAAGGAAGAUAUGAAUAUGCAAGAGGCGCUCGGCAUGGCUGCGCGGACGCUGAGCAAGACGAUGGACACGACAUCUAUGGAAAGUGACAAGCUCGAAUUUGCCGUGCUCACUCUGGGCUCGAACGAGCACGUCCAACCGCAUAUCCUGACCCCCGCUGAGAUCGAUGCUGUGCUUGCGCGGGAAAAGCUUUCCAAGUCGGAGACGGACGGCGCGAUGCGUGUAGAUGCAUAG